AUGGGCUUGACAACUUACCGCUUCCAUGUAAAGGCCUUCAACUAUCUUGAACAAGAGGGCGCUGCGAGUGAAAAAAUCGCAGUGCGGACAGGCGAACCGGGAAAACCCUCAGCUCCCUGUGAGCUUGCUUGCACGGGGCACGGACAAAAGAGCAUCCAGAUAACAUGGAAGGCGCCGGCUGAUCAUGGAGGCGCUCCCAUUAGAUACUAUCGGAUCUACAAAAAUGGACACCACCUCGCAUUUGUGUCCGCCCUUGCCGGAACCAUUCCUUCUUUCGUGGACGACACUGUUACUCCGACAGAAUUAUGUACAUAUCGGGUAUCAGCGUGGCAUAAUCUGCCGCCCGCAGGCUGUGACGAAACACGCAUCCCGAUGAAACCGUCUGCAGACCCCUUUGACUGGUUCAAAGCUUCUGUUGGCCGCUCACCCAUUGAGGGUCUUCUAUCCGAACCCCUAGGAGUCAAGGCAGACGACAUGCUUCAAAUGCCUCGUCUGAACGAUGCAAAGCCACAUAUUCUGCUUCAGGGAUUUAAUUGGGUGUCAUCGCGUAACCCAUACGGAUGGUAUAGAGUUGUCAAGAAUAAAUUGCCAGAUAUAAAGCGGCUUGGUGCAAGUAUCAUUUGGCUGCCGCCUCCCACAGAAAGCGUCGCUGCCGAAGGAUACAUGCCAACCAGAUGGUACAACUUGAACAGUAAAUAUGGCAGCCAGGAGGAUCUCAAGACACUGAUAAGAACAGCGGCCGACGACUAUAAUCUCUCUUGCUGCGUGGACGUCGUGGUGAACCACCGUAGCGCCACUAAACAAGACAAACGCGGGCACUGGACUGUUUUUGAAGAUCCACAUUGGGGCCCAUGGGCCAUCGUUUGUAACAACCUUCAAGGCUAUAAGGGUGAAGGAGGUUUCGACACGGGUACACGGGUAGACUGCGCCCCUGAUUUGGAUCACACUAACAAACGAGUACAGGAAGACGUGAAAAAGUGGCUCUCCUGGUUGGUUAGAGAGAUUGGAUACACUUCGAUCCGCCUGGAUAUGGCAGGCGGUUACGGAGUCGCAUUCCAGAAGUCGUAUAUUGACAGCGUCGACAGGCCCUUCACUGUAGGCGAAUACUGGGAUGGAUGCACUGAGACGCUGGCUAACUAUGUUAGAGCUGGUCAAGGAUCAUUGGCCGCCUUCGACUUCGCCCUCUACUACGUACUCAAACGGUGCGUGGAGUCUCAACACUUCCACGAAUUGAACUCAUGUGGGCGUAUCAACGGGCUCAUUGGAUUGGAACCUCAACUAGCAGUUACAUUUAUCGAAAACCAUGAUACGGAUCACUUAGACUACUGCACUACAUUCGGAGGGGGGAACCUCGACGCUGUCCUGCAGGGAUACGCGUUUUUACUGACUCAUCCAGGAGUGCCUAGUGUGUACUGGAACCACUUUUCCGACUAUGGACCUUACUGCAAGGAGAAACUUCAAGAAUUAUGCGACGUUCGAGUGGGCCAGGGUAUUCAUAGUACAAGCGGCAUUUUCAUGUCAAGGACAGAAGAAGGCCUGUACGCGGCGUAUAUUUCGUCCCAGUCUUGCUAUUGCCGCCCAGAUACGGCCAAUGUUGCAAUGAAGAUAGGCUUCAAGGACUGGGUACCAGAGGGACAUAGAUGGAAGAUCGCCACCUUUGGCAAGAAUUACUGUGUGUGGACCCGAUGA